GCAUGAUCACACGAUUGCGCCACCCGGUGUCAACCAAGGCCAACAAGGUUCCCGUCUCUGUGUCCCUGGGAAGUGGAAUCUGGGAACUGAAAAGAGAAGAAAUUACCCUAUUGAAGGAACUGGGAAGUGGCCAGUUUGGAGUGGUCCAGUUGGGCAAGUGGAAGGGACAGUACGACGUGGCCGUUAAGAUGAUCAAGGAAGGCUCCAUGUCCGAAGAUGAAUUCUUCCAGGAAGCUCAGACCAUGAUGUAAGUUUUU